CUUGUUCAAAGCGUUGCGUUUUGAUAGUCGUGCAAAAACGGCAUGAAAUUUGAAAUAUGAGUAGUAGAAUGCCUCUGGGAUUACUCUUCUCUUCACUUGCUUCAUCAUCGUUUAUCAUAAACCCUAGAAUUUUUGGAUCGUUUCGCAUUUCAUCUCCGAUGUCUUGGGCCUGCAAAAAAUGCACUUUCUUGAACCCUCCUUCUCAAAAAUGGGAGUGCGAAAUUUGUCUGUCCUCUGCGUCCCCAAGGGGUCCUUCUUCUUCGUCUUCGUCGCCUCCGAAAUGGUCCUGCAAGGCCUGCACUUUCUUAAACCCUUACAACAACUCCUCUUGCGAAGUCUGCGCUACUCGAUGCCCCGUUCUUUCCCUUUCCAAUCUCGUCGAUUUGACUGACGGCACUGACCACGAUUCUUCCGUUGGCUCUGUUUUCUUCCCUCUUCGACCCUGCAACAAGAGAAAGGCCAUCGAUGAAGUUCAUGUUGUCGAGGAUGAUGAUGAUGAUGUUGUUGAUACUUCAAAGAAGGUUAAGCCGUUCAAUAAGGAUACACGUACCACCGGCGAUGGUGAGCUUUUUUUAUUCGUUUCUAUUGUUUUAAUGUCUGCAAAAUACGUGGUUUAUGAAAUGCUAUCGUAUGUGGCAGAGAAUGCGGAGUCGGGAAAAGCUUUUAGUACGUUUAAGGUACUGAGUUACAAUGUCUGGUUCCGGGAAGAUUUGGAGUUGCAGAAGAGGAUGAAGGCUAUUGGUGAUCUUGUUCAGUUGCAUUCCCCUGACUUUAUCUGCUUCCAGGAGGUUACUCCUAAUAUAUAUGAUAUAUUCAAGCAAUCUACCUGGUGGAGUGUGUACCGUUGCUCGGUUUCUUCUGAGAUGGCUUAUUCAAGACCAUACUUCUGUAUGGUGCUAAGCAAACUGCCUGUUAAGUCUUUCCGCAACAAGCCCUUCAGCAAUUCCGUUAUGGGAAGAGAACUUUGCAUUGCCGAAGUUGAAGCUGAAAAUGGCAAGUCAUUGGUUAUUGCCACUAGCCAUCUUGAGAGUCCCUGUCCAGGUCCCCCCAAAUGGGAUCAGAUGUUCAGCAAGGAAAGAGUAGUUCAGGCCAAUGAGGCUUUAGACCUUCUCAAUAAUGAGGCAAAUGUUGUUUUUGGAGGUGACAUGAACUGGGAUGAUAAAGGUGAUGGCCAAUAUCCGUUGCAAGAUGGAUGGAUCGAUGCCUGGGCUCAUCUAAGGCCAGAUGAAAGUGGUUGGACUUAUGACACCAAGACGAACCAGAUGUUGACAGGCAAUCGUACUCUCCAGAAGCGAUUAGAUCGCUUCAUUUGUCAUUUAACUGAUUUUAAGAUCAUUAGUGUUGACAUGAUUGGGAUGGAAGUAAUACCUGGUCUUUCAUACAACAAAGAGAAGAAAGUAAGAAAUGAGAUCAAACAACUGGUACUUCCAGUUUUGCCUAGUGAUCAUUAUGGUCUUCUUUUGACAAUUUCUAGUGUGUAAUGCCUGUCUGGAGAAUCUGGCUUUCCGGUGAACCCUUUGUUUUGAUGUUCUAAGGCAUGUUUUGCAGCAAUUUUGUACAGAUUACAGGAAAAAUGCAAUGGAGACGCUACUGACAUUGUAUAUAUGGGGACAAAUGCUGUAUUUUUUCGAACUUUAAUCUGCUUUUGAUAUAUAUAA